AUGUCGGCUGCGAACAGCUCAGAUCCCUUCGCAGUCGACUGUGUCCUCGAUGGCUCCCAGGCCGCCAAGGACAGGGUGAGCUCGCUGGCGGUGCACGGAGAGAAGCUCUAUGUAGGGCAUCCCUCGGGAUCGCUCUCCGUAUUCCGGCUACCCGUCAAUGCCUCCAGCAGCAGCUUCUCAGAGACAGACGCUGCUGCUUCUUCCUCCUCAUCGACUGCUCCUUCAGCUUUGGGAAAAGCAACGCUGGUAUCCACACAUCCUCACUUCCACCCACAGGGCAAGCAGAUCCUUUCGCUACGCAUCGUCCCUUCGUUGUCCCUCAUCAUCUCCUUCUCGCCCGAUGGCACACUCCAUUUCAACAGUCUGGCUACGCUGGAGCCAGACAAAGUCCCGACCCCAAUCAAGGCUGUAGCAGCCAAGAGCGUCGUCGCAUUCGAGGUGCAGACGAGUGUAUGCGAAUGGCCAGCGGCAGAAGACGGUAGCAGUGGAGAUAAAUCGCCCGAGGCGAAGGGAGAGGGCAGCAGUCGGACACCGCAGAAGAGGAUUCCGGAACCUGGCAUGACCUUUCCUCGAUCUAUGAACAGAGCCAGUAGCUCACGUACUAGACCGCUCUCAAUGUUCGGGCGUCAAGACUCCUUCAGACAGCAGCAGCAAGCCGCCCCAGAAGUCAAGCUCAGGCUUCUUACGACCCUCCUGGUCUCUUUGAGGAGGAAGCUUCUGGUCUUGAGGUGGCUAGAUGGGCAGCCGUACGAUUGGAAAGAACUGUCACUAUUACACACUCCUCGCUCUUUCGCGUUUGCUCCGCCAUCGCCUGCUCCCACUACUUCGCUCGACUCGUCAGUCGCGCCCACCCCUUCUACCUCGAAUACGGUUUUCAUCUCCUACGGUACACCGAGCGAAUUCGGUCUUCUAGACAUACCUCCAGCCCAUCUCUCUCCGGCAGCGAAGCUGCAUGAGACAAGCUCACCACCUUCAGCGAAGAGAGACUUUCUCAAGGACGGCCAGGAGUGGAAGAAGCUGCGAGAACUCAAUAUCCCCGAGUACGCUGCAGAGUACUUUGGAGACGCAAGUAGCAAUGACCCUGCAGGCAACGGCUCUCAUGGCAGGUCGGAAAGUGAGAGCGGCAACAUGAGAGCCGGAUCUGGGCAGGGAGAGGCAUCUUCGUCUGCCAAGGCGGUGAGCACAGCAGCCAGCUCGGCAGCCGCCGCUGGGGGUCUGUUUGGAGGUCUAGGAGGAUACAUUGGGCUCGGCGCUCGUACAAAGGCUCCUAUUCUGCGAGCUGUCCCAACGUCGGCUGCAACAAAGCCGAUGUCUGCAUCUGACAACGAGGGAGAAAUCGUCGUAGUGAGGGACAACACCGCCGUCUUUCUCUCUUUCACAACGGGCAACCCGACUAGGAGACGAGGCAUUGAGUGGCCAGUCGCGGUGGAAGAUGCCGCGCUGCUGCCCUCCCAGCACAUCUUUGCCGCCCUACCGCCUCCGUCAAACCAAAGCAAAGCGACCAUCCAGAUCCGCUCAGCCAGCACGCUCGAAGUGGUUCAGACCUUCUCUGUGCCGCCUGAGCAGGCACCUACAUCAUCAACAGCAUCUUCCUUUACCGUCUCAGCGCUGGUGUCCCCGCCUCUGCAGUCGAGCUCCUCAAGCUCGACCAGCGCCUCACUCUUCGUCGUUCUGACCCCCAGCAGUGCCAAUGAAUCUGCCCGCGUAUACAAGCUCACCGCCCGCACAUGGCAGGCCAGACUACGAGAGAUGAUUCGUUUGCGAAAGUGGGAAGAAGCUGUGGAGCUCGUCAGGAACGACAGCGGUGAAGGCGACACGGACACAAAGGACUGGGAGCUCAAGAAGCGUCUUUUGCCCCCGCUCUUGGCGUUGCUCUCUUUGGACCGUUUCCUGGCCGGCUGCGCAGCAUCCAAUUCAGGUGCUGCCAAGAAGCAGAUGAUGCAGUCUGCCAAUGCAGCCUUUGAAUCCGCUGUCGAUCUCUGGAUCGAGUUGGAUCUCAAUCCCACGAAAGUUCUCAGCAUCUUCCCGGAACGGAUAGCCGGGCAAGGGCUGUCCAGACCGAGGAGUGACUGGGUCGCUAUCUGGGGUGAAGGUCUCACGAAGGAAGGUUUCAGUCUGGAGCAGGGAGGCAGUGGGUCAGACGACUGGCUCAGGAGCACAAGUGGGGGACUACCCAAUGCCAAAGGCGCCGCUGCGACAAGCCAGGCACUUGCUACGCCCCGUGACCGAUCCAAGCUCACCAGCUUAUUUGGUAAGCCCAGCGUUCCUGCAAGCACAGCAGGUGAUGAUUCCGUUGCUACAGCUGCAACGCCAGCUUUGUCUAGCUCUCCGGCUUCGACAGUAGGAUCCCGAGAUACGAUGAGGGAUAGAGCUUCGGCUAGUACCAAGGCUACGGCCAAGACUGGGUCGCAAAUAUCCGACAAGCAGCCUGCCUCUGCGGCCACAAGAAAGCCGGCGCCAACGUCCGCAAUACAAGGCUCCGAGCCAGGUGGAGGAUCAGCUACCGAAACGGUUGCAGAAGCAGUCAUCGACUUGUCACUGGUAGAGAACGAAGCACUGCUUUCUCGGCCCUCCCUUGAAGCUCUGGGCCGUUUCCUCGCUGAUCGGCGCCGCAUCUUUAAGCCCAUCUUGGAGACGCAUCCAGGAGUGUCUCCUUCACCAGACUCAGCCAUGCUUGAAUUGCCAUCGAUCCCUCUUGCCAGCAUGAGUCUGCCUGACUUGACAGCUCUGGCUCGUGUGGUGGACACGGCGUUGUUCAAAACCUUUCUUGAGACCAAGCCAUCUCUAGUAGGUCCUCUUUGUCGGAUCGAGAAUUGGUGCGAGGUGAACGAGGUUGAAGAGCUCCUCAAGGCCAAGGGCAAGCACUCUGAGCUCAUCUCCCUGUAUGGUGGCAAGGACAUGCACGAUCGUGCGCUUGGCCUCCUCAAAAAGUUCUCGGAGGAAGAAGACGACGAAGAAGAGAAAGUGGGACCCACCAUCCGCUACCUGCAGGGUCUUGGCCCAGAGCACAUCAAGGUCAUUCUCGAGACUUCAAAGUGGGUCUUGAAGCAAGAUCCAAAGAGGGGCAUGGAGAUCUUCACGGCCGAUACAGGCAAGGUGUCCACUUUCCCUCGACUGCAGGUGGUGAAUCUCCUGUGGGACUUUGACCGAGACCUGUGUGCCGUAUACCUGGAGCACAUCAUCGACAAUGUUGGAGAGGGUGAUCCCGAGCUCCACGAGAAAUUGGGCAUCAUCUAUCUCGACCGGGUCAAAGCUGAAAGAGACGGCAACAAAGGAGAAGACAAGCUCGAGAGCAUGGCCGCCUACCAGAAGCUGUUGCAAUUUCUGUCUGAGUCACAUCAGUAUCGUCCAGAGCGCAUCUUGCGUCGCCUCCCUAUCGACUCUCUAUGGGAAGUGAGAGCGGUGCUGCUGGGCAGGAUGGGACAGCACAAGGGCGCUCUCAGCAUCUACGUCGAGCGCAUCGGAGGUGAAGAAGGUGAAGCAAAAGCCGAAGAGUACUGCACGAAAGUCUAUGAAAGGCGCGGAUCUACAGCGCAAGAUGACGACGAGGGCAGCUCAUCUUCGGCAGAAGAGGCACGGGGCAUCUUUCUCCUUCUGCUCAAGCUCUACCUCCGUCCGGCAGAACCGACCAAAGGCGAAACAGAUGCCACACGGCAGCACGACCUCUCCCCCGCCCUCCGACUCCUCUCCCGCCAUCCAUCCUCCCUGGAGCUAGGCGCAGUUCUCUCUCUUCUCCCGCCCCUCGUACCCAUCUCUGCCAUUUCCACGUUCCUCUUCAAGGGUCUGCAAGCCUCUCAUCGCUCCCACUCUCAUAAUCGCGUCAUUGCUUCCAUCUCAAAGGAGUAUUCUCUGCAAGUAGACGAGAGAUUGGCGGGAUUGAAGAGCAGAAGAGUCAAGGUGACGCAGGGGAGGACGUGUGGUGUUUGUGGAAAGAGAUUGGGAGUGAGCGUGCUUGCUGUGAGCAAUACGGGCGAAGCGAUGCAUUAUGGGUGUAAGCAGUGA